CAGGUAUAUUCUGUUCUUUUAAUCUUUAUUAACAAAAGCAUUAAUAUAUACCCCUUUAGGGCACAUUAAUUUAUUUAAUGGAGUUUUGAUAGGCCAUGAAAAUAUUUAUGGUUGGUAAUAACGAUGUGGUAAAACUUGGAUACCAAACCCGGCAAAAUGUGAGAUCAGAAUGGUGCAGAAUGUUGGAGAUUAAUGAAAUCGAGUCCAGCAAUUAUGUGCCGAGUACACCGAUACCUGGACCCUUUCUAUUUAGCAACAAAACAAUCGAAAAUGUUGAGAACAUUACGGUACCUACCAAUUCAUCAUGGCUGGAUUACGACGUCGUUUGCUCAUCAGGAGCCGGCGAUAAUUUUCUCUCGACAACGAUUUUUCAGACAUGUGUUUUCAUUAUGUACAGUAUAGUUUUCAUAGUGGCUCUUAUAGGUAACGGAUUGGUAUGUUUCGUAGUGCAAUCAUCACCGCGUAUGAAAACAGUGACGAAUUAUUUCAUAGUGAAUCUAGCUGUUGGUGAUAUACUGAUGACGUUAUUUUGUGUGCCCUUUUCUUUUAUGUCAAUGUUGGUUUUGAGGUAUUGGCCCUUUGGUGCGAUUAUGUGUAAAGUGGUGAACUAUUCACAAGCAGUUUCAGUGCUAGUGAGUGCGUAUACUUUGUUGGCAAUAUCGAUAGAUCGAUACAUGGUGAUCAUGCACCCCUUAAGACCGCGGCUGGGAAAAACUGCAGCAAAAUUGGUCGUGGCUGGAGUGUGGGGAGGUGCGCUAGCUACUGCCGCUCCGAUACCUGUAGUGUCACAAGUGCAGAGACCAACGGAAUGGCAUCGAUUUUGCGGAACGGACAUUUGCUUGGAGGAAUGGGAGCGUCCAGAGCAGAGCGAGCGGUAUACGUGCGCGCUGUUGGCGUUCCAGUUCUUGCUGCCUCUCAGCGCACUCAUUUGUACCUACGUGAGAAUAGCUCACGUCGUCUGGGGUGGUAGACCUCCAGGUGAAGCACAGUCAGCCAGGGACAACAGGAUGCAGCGGUCGAAACGAAAAAUGAUCAAGAUGAUGGUGACCGUAGUGGUGGUAUUCACUGUGUGCUGGCUUCCUCUCAACGUGUUCAUUAUAUUGUGGACUGUAUACGGGGAAGACGUGAGCUGGGCGACGUGGCCUGGGGUUCCAUACGUGUGGUUCGCGAGUCACUGGUUGGCCAUGUCACACUCCUGCUACAAUCCCAUUAUUUACUGCUACAUGAAUGCAAAGUAUAGACGGGGAUUUAAGCAGGCUAUAAGUUCCGUAUUAAAACUGCGGAUGGAGCCAUCACAAUCAUAUCACGGAUACAGCGUGGGUGAUAACAUGAUACCUUUGUCAGAGUUAGUAGGGGUGAAUGGAAUGACCCGACGUGGUACUAGCAGCAGCUGUAUUAGCCGAUUGCAUAGAGCGCCCACGUGUUCCUCCUGCGCUUCCAUCAGAAGGCCCACUGGGGGUACCAACGCGGUUCUACGAACGAGCGUACCAGUUCGAGCACUGUCAGUGAGGACUCAUUUCAACUAAAUAUGGUUUAAUUUCAGUCUAAAUUAUUUAUUAGUUCAGUUCUGUCAGGUAAUUUAAAUCCAUAAUAGUAUAGGCAUAAUCAAUCCGAAUAAGGUUAUUAAUUCAAAAAAAGUAUUCAAGUAUCUGAUGUGAAAUUAUUUUAAUUGAGUUAUUGAUUAUGUUGACCGAAGUUUGUAAUAAAUAGGUACCUAUAAAGUUGUUUAAUUUAUUUUGACAAUGAUAUUAUUCUAGUCAUGAUUUAGAACAAGUUUAGUAGGAAGACAUUAAUAGGUGCCUAAAUUUUUUAACGUCAUACUUUUUAACAGUAGUUUAAAAGGAAUUUAAAUUUAUAGUAAAUCAAUCUAUUGCUUGUUGUUGUAUUUCGUUAAAAUAAUCUGUUAAAAAGAUUAGAUAGAGUUGUUAUUAAAUAAUAAAGAUUUUUUAAAUGUAAAUAAUUAAAUUUAUGAGAAUGGUAUGCAACAUAGUUAUAAGUAGUUGUUUCAGUUUUGGUAAUUAUUUAUUGUUCUUGAUUUGAUCAAUUAAUUCAAUUGACUUAAUUAAGUUCAUGAUGUUUACAUAGAUUAUAUCUACAAUAGUUCACAAACAAAAUUUAAUCUUAUGCAAAAACAAGAUGUAUGUGCUUCUGUGUCUAUACCGGGUGUUACAGAGUUCCGAAAUAAAAUUUGUAGUAAUCUCUCAAAAACUUAGAUGUGACAACCAUAAAACACAACAAACAUAGAUGAGGAGUUAACAGAUGUGGCAUAUCAUAAAAAGCUAAAUUAAAAUAAACAUUUCCUUUUUCUAUUAUCAUACAUGACUAUUAGCAAAUUUGACAGUUCUAAGCCAAAAUGUCUUUGAUAUAACGUCAAAUUAGAAAGUCCGUAAGUUCUUUCCUACCUAUUUCACGACGACAGGAAUUGCGCUAUAAAUCUUUUGUAUUUAUUUAUUAAUGAUUGAUUAGACCACACAAAAAUAUCCAAUAAUUCUAUGACGCUAUCACUGCAUAGGUUAAUCCGGUGUCUAGUUUCCCAUGAGGCUGCAUAUUGAGGCUUCACAAUAACACCAUACGAUAUAAUACAAUAUCCAUCUUGAGAUGCUUGUAGAAACGUCUUAAUAUAAAAAGCUGCAUGAGUAAUAAGUAGUAGGUAAUAAUUUUCUUAUAACAGCAUAUUUUAAAAUCUAACUACUUUACUGGAAUCAACUUGCACGACUUGUUCACUUGAAUUAAUAAGCUACCAAUACAAUGACUUCACGUACAAGAAAGGUCCUUAAAUUAAAUUAUCUCUGAAAUGCCGCGAUUCGCUUUAUCUCUCUUAAGUAAAAUAUGACGGUUCCGUGUUUUAUUUUGCUCGAUUGGCUAACAGUAUGUGAAGAUAAUAAUUACUGCACAGCUUUUAUUGCAUUUUUGAAAGUUUUUAACAAACUCCGAAUCCGGAUUUAACGGAACUGUGUAUUAUAAAUAAUAAUAAAACAAGUAAAUACAGUUUCAUUCCAUUCGUAUAAUCUUAUAAACAACAUAAACGCAUAAUAAGCUUGGAUGUGUUACUACGUGUUUUUUUCUGUUCAUUGAAUAAAAAUGGCAUUUCAGUGAUAUGGACAGAACACGACGUAACUAGUCUAAGUUUAUUCCUCGUUUAUUAAUAAAGUGAUUAAGUGUUUAUGGAAAUUAUAUAUUUUAUAAAAUAAUCUUGGUAUAAACGUACAUAAAAAAACAUAACUAGCCAUAAUGUCUUCUUAUUUAAGAAAAACGAUUUAUUAACUAACGAAAUAUAAAAAAUGUAGUAAGUAGGUCUACUUAAGAUUUCUUUUGUUCCGGUGCGUGAGUCACAUGUUUUUGUUACGCCUAACCCCUUCAGGCGAUUCUAAGCAACUUUUUUAAAACGGAACCCUAAGUGUCGCCGCACACGGGCCACCGACCACAACCAUAAAACGCCGCCACCGGCAUAUUUCUUGUAGUUUUCAUACAUUUUAUAUGGACUCGCCACACACGGUACGCCGGUGGUCGCCACACGCUAUAAAUCAUCGUUGCUCGCUUCUUGUGGCUCGCACCGGCCACUUGAUGCGCCGAUACAAAACGCCGCCACACGUCACUUGCGCGAUUCCCCACCCCUCUCUCCCUUACCUUAGUCGGCCGCUGUCGCGCGCUUCAGCCACUUUAGUAGCCGCUUCUAGCUUCUCGUGGCGGACUUUUGUGGCUGUGGCGUGUGGCCCGUGUGUCCACACGGUGUGUGUGUCACCGUACACGGGCCACACGCCACAGCCGUCCUUUGCAUGUUGUUAUUUUUUUCAACAAUAAGGGAAGAAAAUUGUUGCAGCAUGCGAGCAGUCAAGGUGAUGUGAUAAUAGUUACGUUGCGAAUCAAAAUGAUCGUUCGUAGAUAAACAGGGAAUUUAUGAAAUGAUUUAGUGUGGGUGUUGCUGAUGGAUAUCUCAAUCGUACUUGUGUACUUGUGAGCUGUAUAGGGUGAGGUUCAUCGAUGGUAGGCCGUUUGCUGAACAGCGACGGCGCCCGGCCCGACAUUCCACCUCUUUCGGGAAGUCCUAGGGAUCCGGAGUUGGUGACUCGGUUUUUGGACCAUUAGAAGAAAUUUUUUAGUGUCAAUAAUUUGUUGAUAUGGCGGACAUUGCCAAGUGAUGGAAAAGAUUCGACAAUCACUUCAACAGGACCCAGACGACUUUUGUGUGUGUGGAAUAAGACAUUACAUUUUUUACAUUGAGUAACUACCUAAGCCUAACCUAGUGCAGGGAUAUUUUUGGUGUUAAACUUAUGUUGUACUGUGGCGCGCUUUAGUGUCGUCUUUUGGAGAAUUCUGAUAAUGCUUGACACCCCAUUCCUCGAGUCGGUAAGUACGUACGUAUGAUAAUUCCUGAAUCUCAUUCAUGACGCGCGUGGUACACGACGAAACAAAAGCGCGGGGCGAAGGGGUUACUUACUGGGGAGGCGGGGCGUCUGUUUACGUAGUAGUUUAUAGUACUCGUACGCAUUUUUAAGGGUUGUCGUAGGCUGGUGCUAAAAAAUAUUCUUAUUAAUUUAUUCAAUGUAUAAAAGUGGUCUGACAGACGUCAAACUUUCAUAGGUAAUUAUUUAUAAGGAACACAAUAACACCCUUUACUUUUAUUUUGGACUUUUGAAACACCCUGUAUAAUAUAUAAUGUUGUAUGUUAAUAGCAAUUUCAAUCAUUUAAAUAGUUUCUAAAUGCAUGUUAAGUCAAGAAUAUAUAUUAUAAAUAAAUAUAAUUACAUUUUCAUUGUUAAACUAAUAUAGGACGUUUGAAAUUUUAAUAUUGUUUCUUUAUUUUACAAGCCUAAAUAUUUCCAACUAAUUAGCGCUAAUAUAGUACCCACUUACUUUUGAUAAAAUCAAAUAACAAUACUAUUGACUCUUUCCACGAUUUUUGCCAUUUUAUUAUAUAAUUUAAUUUAUUUAAGUAUAUAAAUGUUUGUCAGUAGAUGCUUUGCCUGUUGUUAAUUACGUUACUACACAGUUCAGAACAAUAUAUAUAUCACGUCGCGUGGCAAUACCUAUUAAAUUUUAUAGAAGGGAUAAGCUGAGUCAUUUCAUUAAUUAUUCUGUUUUAAAUAAUAUAUUACUAGGUGACCCGGCGAGCAUCGUACCGCCUCAAAAAGUAAAGAAAAUGCUACAGGUUACGUACUUAAUAAAAACAUCUUCCGUUUAUAAUAGAAUUUGUGAAUAAUUCUCAAUGAAAUUUUUUCCUUAUAUAUUGGCGUAAGUUGCAAUAAAUGUAUAAUUUGACCCAUAGAACUAAAAGUAGAUCCUAGAUCAUAAAUACCUUAAAAGUUUAUGUCAUUUGGAACACACUGUUGGCUGCCGACCGAUAUUUUGACGCCUCACUGGUGGCAUUUUCUGAUCAAUAAUUAUGAAGAACACGACAAAAAAUCUCCAAACAUAAAUCAAAACACACGUAGGUUUACCGCUUUGCUGUUACAAAAGAAGCGGUGAUUGUAUUUGACACCCAUGCCGUCAAUCAUGACAGUCAGCUUCAUUUUCUAUUGUGAUAUUUAAAAAGAAUUUUCUGUGAAUUUUUAGAUAGCCAGUCACAUAUCAUUAAAAGUGAUUUGAAAAAUGAUUCUGUUGUCUUUUUACUGUUUCUUUUUUUCUACAAACCUUUUAUAUAUAGAUAGAUAAUGUUCUGAAAACCUAUUUAAAUAAAGAUCCUAUAUCUUGGAUUCAUCGCAAACAUUUCGUAUGGAAAUAUUGAAAACAUUCGUCUUUCAAUAUUUCCAUACGAAAGAUAAUAAUUUGUGUAAUCUAGUUAACUGAUUUUCUUUGAACCUUCAUAUUAAGUUUUGUACGCCGUCAUCUGAUCAAUGCGUAGUACUUCUGCGUAAAGGUGUGGCAAAGCCACAAUCGUCUCCUCGUCUACUUUCUCUAUAUCGACUUUUUAGUCAUCCCUAAUUUUAAAAUGUUCGUAAAAGGCUUUUUUAUUUAGUUUAAAUUCAAUUCCGUCAAGGCUGACAUAAAUAAUUUUAUUGUUAGUCCAGCAGAAAUUUUGUAAGGCCCACUUACACCAUAGUUAUUAAUUCAAAUUUAAAAGCUAAUCAGUUUUUUUUCUGUGGCUGUUUCCGUUUCACACCUAAUCAGUUUUAAGCCGCAUUCUAUCUUUUUUUGACGUUUAACAACUGACAAAGAUGGAACGAUGUGCUAAACAUGAUUAAGCCUUAACUCGAGUAAAGAACUUUCGUGCCAGUGGACCUAAGAGAAACAACAAUUUUCUUGUUAUUUGUUUUAUUCGGUACAAUUUGCAAAGCUUAAAGUUAAUUAAAUUUCACGAAAACCCAAUAGGGUUUCCUAUGUCUACUGUAAAGUAUGCAAUAUAAAGCUUAUCGCUGGCGACUUAUUAUUAGAACCCCAUUUACCAUCGCAACUGUUAAGGCAUUGCCCUUUACUUUGGACUCAAUAUAAAUUAGUAUGUACUAACAAUCACUGAGCCGGGAUUCAGAGUAUAGGGGAAUAUUAUGUUAUACAAUUAUGUGAAAUAUGUUUUAAAGGCUUAGCAAAUAACCUCACCCUACCAGAUUUUAUGUUAACAAGACCAUUUCUACACAGGUCCAGGCACGGUUUUAAACCGAGUCUACGUCCGGUUGUCAGUUGAGUAUGAGAUAUUAUAGAGCUUUUGCUAAAGACACCUGCGCUAGCGACGGCUUGGGGUCGGUACAAACGUGCAAACAACACGCACAAGGGUCCAUUUAAGGGACUAAGUGUGGAAACCUAAACCCCUAACAUAGAACGUGCAAACCGUACACGUAGAUAAGCUUAGCCGGCACCGGUCCGGGUAGAAACCGUGCCUGGACCCGGUGGAAAACUGGUCGUUAAUAAGCGCUCUAAGGCCCGUAUUAUAGAAAGAUUCUCAGUGAUUAAUCUAGUCUUGAACAUAGUUAGAAAGGGAUGUCGCUAUAUAGCACAUGGCGCCAUCCCUUUCUAACUAUACUCAAGUAAAGAUCAACACAUAGUUGUCAUUCUGCAAUACGGGCCUAAGUGCAGACCAUGCGCGAAGUAAUGUACUUAGCAGAUGCGGCAGAAAAAUGUGUCGCCCCAACCAUCCUCAACUUUCCAGCUUGAAAAUAAUCCGUAUAUUUUACUAUUUACGCUGCGAAAUCACCAUCAUAAGCCAGCACUUUCAUAAUUAUUUCAAGUUGAAAAUCACUUAAAAUAAUUAAAGUAUAAAAGUGAUGGCUUAUUAUCUUAGCUUUGUUUAUAAAAUGUAGGGGAAACUGCUAUGUAGGUACAUAGUCUAUUUCUUUAGAAAUAUAAGUAAAUACAUCGUGAAAUAUGAAUUGAUAAUUUCUUGACAAAUAGGCAAAAAAUAUUAAUGUUUACUCGCUACUAUAUAAUCCCAGUACCGAGAACUAAUUAUAACAUAAUAAGCCGUAAGCUAGUUGUCGAUGCGCAAAAUGAAAAACGAUAUUUUUUUUAAGAACAGAAAUUAUUUUUCUAAGAACAGAAGUAAGUACAUACCUACCGUAAAAGUAUUCUCUAUACUUGUAUGUGUGAGUUAAAUUGUUUUAUUUCUUUAAAUAAAAACCGGCAAAGUGCGUGUCGUGCCACGCGCAGUGAAGGGUUCCGUAGUCGUCUGUCGUUACCGCAAUAUAUAUGAGCAGAAAUCUUUAUACUCGUAUUCUGUAUCGGAAAUGAAAAAAGAAUAACUAAUAUGAAACUCUGUAACUCAACUAAAAUACCUAAAUCAAAGUCAAAGUGCGCCUCAAGCUCAAAAUCAAUUCGAUAUUUACUAGAUCGAUCAAUUAUUUUAAGUGCUUUAUAAAAGUGUAAUGAUAGCGCGAUUCAGAAGCGGCUGCUGUUAGUACUCGCGGUAGCUUUGUGCAACUAAUGAUUUUUUAUCGUGGUUUUAAAUAUUUUUUUAGAGUUUCAUUUUCAAUGUAAGGUUUUACUCUACAGUAACUUGAAGGAAUUUCGAGUAGGUAAGAAAUUUUCUUUAACCACAGAUGAACGACUAUUACUGUUAAACUGAGAAAUCUAUUUUAACCCAACACAUUUUCCUUAAAAGUUCAUAAAAAGCACAAUUAUCAUGAAUUUUCCAAGUUUUUCAAGCCGAUAUUUUAGCUGUUCGAAAGGGGGGAGCGCCCUACUCGAACAAAAAUUAGCACUUUAAAGUUCAAUAUUUCGCAAACGCAUUCCCCUAAAUCAAAAAAAUCUUAGAACCCCCUCAGUAAUUUUAAUAAGGACCUAUUCAACGAUAGCCCACACGAUGGGGUAGACAAUGAAAAAAAACAUCCCCAGAUUAAAUGUGUGGGAGUUACCCUAAAAACAUUUUUUUUCUAAUUUUUUUUCUACCAUUUUGUCGGUGUGAUUGAUAUACAUAUCUCCACAAAAUUAGAGCUCUCUAGUGUAAACAGUCUCCAAGCAACACCGUGGACGGACAGACAGACGGACAUGAAGAAACUAUAAGGGUUACUUGCCAGGAUUACGGAACCCUAAAAAGGGUUAUGUUUUAAUUGAUUCUUUAUCUACGUCAUAUAUUGGUAUCUUCCAACACUAUGGAUUUGUUAACCAGAUACCAUUUAUUUGAUAUUUUACCAAAUUAGGCCUUUACCGAGAUAUGACGAGGAAACUUCAGUGUAUUUGACAAAGCAAACAAGUCCAACAGUUAGCUACUAGAUUAUGUAACCACUACAGCAAAUAACAACAUGUCAAAAACCAUCCUUCAGUUACUUUCUAAGCCUUUAUGUUUGUAACAGAUCGAUUGAAUUUUUCAUUGCAGAUGACUUACAUGGUUAACCAAUUUCGCCGCCGUAGCCAUAUAGCCAAUAGCCAUUCCGCAGGCAGGAUUGAAUUUUUAAAAAUUCCCUGAUCGUAUUAAUAUCCCCUUGAAUGCAGCGCAGAGCGGAAAUAUAAUUUGACUGGCAAUUCAUUGAUUCGACUCCUGGCCUUUGCUGUGUGUUUGUCUUUGUUUGUUUGCGGUUGUGGUUGUUUGGGAUUUUCACAUCAAUAAUGUAAAAAAUAUAUUUGUAUCGUGGCAAAAUGGGGAUAACUCGUCAUUUAUUAAUCACUACUUUAGCUUCUAGUGCGAAUUUGAUGACAUUGGAAAUUGUACUGAAACCAUGAAGAAUAUUGUUAUCUGUUUUAAUAUAAUUGCAUGUACAACAUUGGUAUGAAAUAUGUGUAUAUAUGAAAUAAAAAAUAGUGUCAGAGUAAAACCGAGAAAACGAAGAAAAGAUUAAUACCUAUUUAUUUUAUUUAAUAUAACUCUCAUUUUUACUACUUGUAUUACAGCCAGGCCAAUGUAAAUAAAGUAUGUAUUUAUUUAUCUACGUUAUAGCCGCCAUAGAUGUUCAAGUAAUUUGAUCAAACAGGCUGUUUCAAACAGUUUGAUGAAAUAGAAAUUAGAAAAUUCAUAUUUCUUCAUGCCAAAUGGUUUUGAUAAAAUUUUCCCACAUGUAUUCAUGCCAAUUUGAUCAAACUAUUGGAACUUUCUUGUUUUAGAUCAAGUACCGGGUCGUCUAUAGCGGCCACUAUAAAAUGUACUUUGAAAAUGUUGUUAAGUUACCAAAAAAUUGGAAUUAAUGAGAGAGAGACGACUAAUAAAUUUAAAAUGUUAGCUUAUACUAUUAAUUUGGUCGAUAACAAUUAUGAUUUUCUCAAUAUAUAUCACCUAUUGUAUAAUAAUGAUGCUAUUAACGAUAUGUGUGCGCGCAUUUACUUCUAUGUGCGAUAUAAUUAUAGUAUAUUCCCAUUUAUUUCAAUAUUAAGUUUAAGGAAAGUACGCCCGUGUACAUACAUAAGACUGAUGCAAUGAAAUAAAAUUCUAUGAUUGUG